UUUGCAGCUGAAGAUAAGUACAUACAACAAUCGGCCGCUGUCACCGCGGGAUUCUCACAUGAUGGUUAAAGUGACAGCGGUACAGCGAAAGCAAAGUCCGUGGAAGUGGGAAAUGAAGGAGGAAGAGUCAAACAUGUCGGGCCCUUCAGUACAUCCAGAGGAGAUGCUGCCUAAAAUAAUGGAGUAUAAUGUCCCUCGAGACGGAAUCCUACGUCUCAACGUCGAGAUCACGAAUGAAACGGAAACACUCACAAUUGAUGCUGACUUAGAGGACAGCCAUGAAACGCUACAUCUCCAUAGAAGCUACACAUCCCCCAGUCACUCCUACCUGCAGAUAGGAACACCUUACAGACAUCCAGAGGCUGUUUCAAUCCUCAUUCUGCCUGUUCGGAGCAAUUUUCCAAUAACUGAGUUUCACUACAUAGUGAUGUCCAGAGGUCAGGUGGUGUCUGCUGGGAAAGCAUAUCGUUUUCUCUAUCUGGAGCCAGAAACCAGCUGGGCUCCUGUGGCCUGCGUCAUCGUCUACUGUGUGCGUCCCGACGGAGAGAUCGUCAACGACGUGAUGCAGCUGCCCGUCACCCAGACUUUACAGAACCAGGUGUCUCUGAGCUUUAACCAGGUUUCGAGGAAGCCAGGUGAGGAGGUCAGACUGCGGGUCAAGGUGGCGGAGUCCGCCUCUCUGGUCGGCAUCCUGGUGGUCGACAAGGCGACAAAGUGGAAGGGUGACAAUGACAUCACCAAGGAGGCGGUGCUGAAGGAGAUGAAGGAGUACGCCACGGCCGACGACGCCCACUCUGACAUGAUGACAAUGGGAGAUCCUUUCUCCGUCUUCAAGACAUGUGAUCUCGUAGCGUUGACCGACGCCAGUUUACACGAGAUGAGACCGCCGCCGAGGCCUGAAUUUCCAGGGGAGGAAAGGUUUUUCAUGACCCAGGGAGACGGUUCACAUGUGGAGCAACAUCAGGAGCCACGAGAGCGCAGGAACUUUCCAGAGACCUGGAUAUGGAUGGACAUCAACACAAAUAAUUCAGACACAGCAGAGAUGACUCUGACUGUACCAGACAGCAUCACAACCUGGACAGCCACCGCCUUCGUCAUGUCUGAGAACCUGGGUCUGGGCAUCGUAGAGGAGCCUGUAGAGCUCAGAGUGUCCCAGUUUUUCUUCAUCUCCCUUAACCUGCCGGCCUACAUCAUCCGAGGAGAGGAGCUGCUGCUGGAGGUCGUUCUGUUCAACUCCUACUAUAUAGACCUGGAGGUCGUGGUGAUUGUUGCAGCGAGUGAGAUUUUUGAGUUUGUGUACGUGGACGAUGACGAAAUACAUAAUUGUUCCCAGCAACAAGUUUUGUUAAGAUGA